AUGUUUUGCUUGGGACUCCUGGCUCUACUGUACGUCAGGCUAUUGAGGGAUGAUCUCAUCUUAGUUCUCGGUCGAGUCGAGAAACCCCCGGCUAGGCGCAAACAUAACGCACUGGUUCUGGCGAAGACUAGCUCUGAAGAUGUCACCUGGGCUUAUGCUCUCAAGCCCCAUUGGAAACCUUACAUCUACACCUCCGACAAAGAGCCUGGUUACCGCCCUAUCCCGGCGAACAAGGCCCGCGAAGGCAUGGCAUACCUGACGCACAUCAUUGAACACUACGACUACCUUGCGGAUGUUACGGCCUUCAUGCAUGCCUCUGCCACUCAGUGGCAUAACGAUGUCGGCGACACGGCUUCGUCCUCUCUGCUUCAAAAUCUCAGCCUGGACGCCGUGAACAAGGCUGGAUAUGCGAAUCUCCGCUGUGAGCACCGUCCAGGAUGUCCCGUAGCCGUGCGCCCCUUUGAUCCAGCCAUGGAGUCAAACCAUAACGUGGUGUAUCGCAACUUCACCUCAAUCUACAUGGAUAUGUUCUCCGUGCCGCGGGAGCAGGUCCCUACCGAGAUCGGUGGGGUCUGCUGUGGUCAGUUUGUGCUCACAAGGGACCGGAUCCGGGAGCGGCCACGAGAUGACUAUGUGCGAAUGCGCGACUGGGCUCUGGCGACCGAUAUGGAUACUUUUGCAGCGGGGUCGGUCUUCGAGAUGCUCUGGCAUAUCAUCUUUCUUGAGCAGCCAGUUUCAUGCCCCGAUGUCCAACAGUGUUAUUGUGAGCUUUAUAAUAUUUGCCCAGAGAUCGAUUCUGGCUCUUGA